CGUCUGGUAGUGUAAGCAUAUCCACAGCUAGAGUCGGCGUCUCCACUCCUCUUUCCUUGAGUCGACUAAUCUCCCCAACUCUAAAACUCAAAGCCGCAAAGAUAGAGCCAUCCGACCGUAAAAGAAAGAAAGCAGCUUCUUCCCUCUCAGCAGAUCGUUUGGACACUAACAAAGACAAAAAGCAGGGACACACUAAGAGCAAAAAGACGAAAAUGUCUUCUUCAAAUCAGGUCAGGGCAUCCCACAUACUGAUCAAGCACCAAGGUUCGAGAAGAAAGGCCUCUUGGAAGGAUCCAGAUGGUCUAGUUAUCAGUAACACCACCCGAGAUGCAGCUGUCACUCAACUCAAGUCACUUCGCGAGGACAUUGUCUCUGGCAAGUCCACAUUUGACCAAGUUGCUACUCGUGUCUCUGAUUGCAGCUCUGCCAAGCGUGGUGGUGAUCUUGGCCCUUUUGGCCGUGGCCAGAUGCAGAAGCCUUUCGAGGAAGCAACAUUCUCUCUCAAGGUUGGAGAGAUAAGUGAAAUUGUGGAUACAGACAGUGGAGUUCAUAUUAUCCUGAGGACUGGUUGAGUAGUUGGAAGUGAAACUUGUUCAUUUUUGAGCAGCCAAGUUAUCAGUAAUAUAUGUAUGUAGGGUUUAGCGAAACCCUAUGGAUUGUUGCUUUUUUAUUAUUAUUAUUAUUAUUAUUAUUAUUAUUAUUAUUAUUAUUGCCAAUGACUACCGAAAUUGAGCACUAGAUGGAUUUGAACACUUAUUUUGAUAACAUGUUAUAAUGGGAAUUUGGUGGUUGUGAUUUGGAACUUCGGAUUUCCUAUGAAAUGUCAACUUUAUG